UUCAGUAACAUUCCAUCACCCACCAUCCUUCACAAACUCCAACAAAACAAAGCAGACAAAAGAAUCUGUCUUUCAUAGCUUUUCUCGCCAGGCUUCCUUUCACUCUCCUUCACUUCCUCCCCUAAAAAAAAAGCCAACUAAAUAUCUGCCUCUUAUCACUUCUCUCAGCUCAAUUUCCAUCAAGCUGAAGAAAGAGCUAUUUAGCAAAAUUAUACAAGGGCAUAUUACAUUUUGUAAAUAGAAGAGAGAGGGGGUACUGGUUCGUAGCGGUGGUAGGACUUCUGCGAGCUUAACGUCCUCUGUCAUUGCCUUUUUCAGCUUGGAGAGCUUUGUUCUUGAUGCAUAUGCAUAAUUAGAAGGGUUGAGCUUUAUUGAUGAGGUUGCAUGGAAAGUUUUAACUGAAAGGGAAAGCUUAAAAGUUAACAUUAUGGGUUCUGUUUGUUGCUGCUUGAACGCCGAGGACUUUGAGGACCAUAUGAAUCCAAACAGUAAUGUAUAUAGAAACUGUGCAUGCCUCCGUUGCUUUGUUCAGAAUUUUCUACACGUGUAUACCACAUUAUUCUGCAGAGGGGAAUUGCAUUCUGUCCCUUCAUCCAUUCAGGGGACGGCAUCUAUGAACUCUUCUGCCUCUCUUGACAACUCGCUGUCUGACAUGUAUCGUUCUCCUCCGAGGCCCUUGCCUUAUGAUGUUGACACCAGAUAUUUCCGCUUACAACGUGAUGGUCUUGUUUCAAGACAUGAGAAGGGUUCAAGUCAUUCACAAGAGGAAUCUGAUCCUUUAAGAGGUGAAGAUGAUGCAGAUUCAGAAUCUUUGGGUACAGAAGACAAAUGAAUGCUUGUGAACAGUGCUCAAAAGAGCAGCAUUUCCUCAAAAAAACUCUCAUCAGCUAAAGCACCAGUUGGAAUUGGGUACAUCUAUUUACCAGCAGAGGAGGAGGAUAUCUGUCCAACAUGUCUUGAAGAAUAUACCCCAGAGAAUCCCAAGAUAGUAACAAAAUGUUCCCACCAUUUCCAUCUUGGUUGCAUUUAUGAAUGGAUGGAGAGAAGUGAAAAUUGUCCAGUCUGUGGAAAGGUUAUGGUGUUCGAUGAAACAACUUAAUCUUGCUUGAUAGGUUUCGUUGUGGAUGAAAUUAAACCGGCAACAACAGAAGACAGAGAACCCAAAAAGACAUCCAAAGUCCUUUGUGAAAACUACUGCAGGAUAAAGUGUUUUUGUCACAUACGGUAAAUUUGAAAAAUGUUUUUGUAUAAAGAUUGUACAGUUACAUUCUCUUUGUAACCCUUUGAGUGGGAGAAAAAGAAAUCAUGCAUGAUUGUAGGAAAUCUGACUAAAGUUAUUUUGCGAAUGGUUUCUUUAUCAAUGGGAAGAAGUGUGGAUUUGAGGAAGCUAUGAUGUAUCCCAAAAUUUCUUUCAUUAUUACUUUGGAAUCGUUUGUGUUUAUGUGCCUGGUUAAAAUUGAUGUAGGACAUGAGAAAGAUCUAAGAGUUUAAGAGGAUUCAGCUCCCAUAUAAGGUUAUUUUCAUCAGCCAUUCUUUCCUCGGGUUCUUUGUUACUCUAUCAGAUGGAGGCUUUCAUGUCAAACAAAGAGAAAUGACAUUGUCAAUUAUUCUUCAUACUCAUCAAAGGAAGAAACAAUAUAACAGUAUUAUCACCUCAUUAACU